CUAGUUUCUCAAAAGAAAUUCCCAUGCACGUUUUUUUCAUUUAACCAUGUAAUGUGUGGUACAAAUUAUUCUUGAUGUGUAUGUAACAUCCAAUUAAUCAAUCAAUGAGUAUUUUUCUCUUUUUUGUAAAAUUAACCAUCAUAUCAUUUGUGUUACUACAAGCUUAGCCUUCGCUACUACUGCACGCACACGUUUGCUUUCUCAUGUGAAUUGCAGCACAUCAUUUGCUCUCCUGUCCUCCUUCCAGCAUCGUAAUUUUCGACACAAAAGAUGGAGCAGGAAAAGCCUCAGAUCAAAGGCAAGGUUUGUGUGACAGGGGCCUCAGGGUAUCUAGCUUCUUGGCUGGUCAAGCGCCUCCUUUUGUCUGGCUAUUUUGUCACUGGAACAGUCAGAGACCCAGGUGAUAAGAAAAAGGUGGAGCAUUUGUGGAGGCUUGAUGGGGCGAAAGAGAGGCUGAAAUUAGUAAAGGCCGAUUUAACGGAAGACGGAAGCUUUGAUGAAGCAGUUAGAGGUUGUGAAGGUGUAUUUCACACUGCUUCCCCUGUUUCAGGAUCCAGGGAGCAAGACGCAAAGGCCAAAAUAUUGGAACCUGCAAUAAAGGGAACAUUGAACGUGCUUCGGUCUUGCAAGAAGAACCCAUCACUAAGACGUGUGGUUCUUACCUCAUCUUCUUCAGCUGUUAGAGUAAGAGAGGAUAUUGACCCUAAUGUUCCACUUGAUGAAUCAGUUUGGAGCUCCACUGAACUUUGUGAACAAUUCCAGGUAUGGUAUGCACUGUCAAAAAUUGAGGCAGAGAAAGCAGCAUGGAACUUCUGCAAGGAGAACCACAUCGAUUUAGUGACUAUCCUUCCUGCUUUUAUAAUUGGACCUAGUCUUCCUCCUAAUCUUUGCUCUACUGCCUCUGAUAUUCUUGGCUGGUUUAAAGGAGAAACAAGCAAGUUCGAGAAUAGCGGAAGCUUGGGAUAUGUUCACAUUGACGACAUAGCUCUGUGCCACAUCUUGGUUUUUGAGCAUCAAGAAGCACAAGGUCGAUACCUUUGUUGCUCCACUUUUACGGAACCUUACGAAUUAGCAUCGUUUCUAGCAUCUCAAUAUCCGUCUUACCCUAUUUCAAAAGGGUUCACAAAGCUUGAUAGGCCAGAUUACACUUACAACACUUCCAAGAUUGAGAGUUUAGGGUUCAAGUUCAAGCCACUGGAAGAGAUGUUUGAUGACACUGUAAAAUCACUCAUAAUGCAGGGCCAUCUUCAGUAAGUUAGCAAUACCCUAAAAAAUGUGUACUUGCUGAGAGCACUUAGACAUAGUGAUUUUGAUCAAAUUUCAUAUAACCUUAGAAAAAAUGUCACUUUAUGCUAUAUUACCUUAUUAUUGUAUUUUUUUUUCCUACUAAGUUUGGCUCCUUGUACAACAAAACUACAUGUGUUCUAUUUUCUCAACAAAAUUUGGCUCUUUAUCUCUCACAUAGUCACAUACUAGUACUACUGUAUUUUUCCUUGAUUUCGCCGCUAUAAGCCUGUAA